AACUUAAGUGAACUAGAAGUCAUUCCCCUAGCUCUAACUUUGGGUUCAGGAAAGAAUGGCAGAAAGCGCGAAGGCAAAAGUGCUACAGAACACCGGCAGGUUUGUGAGUGAAACGCGCGCUGAAGGCGACGACUUUUUCAACGAGGCGGGCUACCGGCAGUCGCGAGAGAAUGAUAAAAUAGACUCAAAAUAUGGCUUUGACAGGGUUAAAGACAGCCAGGAGCGCACAGGCUAUCUCAUCAACAUGCACACGAAUGAGGUGCUCGACGAUGAUCGUCGCCUGGUGGCUGCCCUGGAUUUGUUCUUCAUACAAAUGGACGGUUCGCGCUUCAAGUGCACCGUGGCGUACCAGCCGUAUCUGUUGAUACGUCCAGAGGCAAAUAUGCAGCUGGAGGUGGCGCGCUUUCUGGGCCGCAAGUAUUCGGGGCAGAUUGCUAGCCUGGAGCAUAUAACGAAGGAGGAUUUGGAUUUGGCCAAUCACUUGUCGGGGCUGCAGCAGCACUACAUCAAGCUCACGUUUCUCAAUCAGACGGCCAUGACCAAGGUGCGCCGCGAGCUAAUGGCAGCAGUGCGUCGCAAUACGGAGCGGGAGAAGUCGAACACUUACUACAUGCAAAUGCUGGCCAAUUCGCUGGCCCAGUCCUCUAGUGGGGCGGACGAUGGCAGCGGCAAGCGACAACAGGAUUACAUGGACUGUAUUAUGGAUAUUCGGGAGCAUGAUGUGCCCUACCAUGUACGCGUUUCCAUUGACUUGCGCAUCUUUUGUGGCCAAUGGUAUAAUAUACGGUGUCGCAGCGGUGUCGAGCUGCCGAUCAUUACGUGCCGUCCGGAUAUCUUGGACCGACCGGAGCCCGUGGUGCUGGCCUUUGACAUAGAGACAACGAAGCUGCCGCUCAAGUUUCCCGACGCUCAAACGGAUCAGAUCAUGAUGAUCUCCUAUAUGAUUGAUGGCCAGGGCUAUUUGAUAACCAAUCGGGAGAUCAUCUCCUCCGACAUUGAAGACUUUGAGUACACGCCGAAGCCCGAGUUUGAGGGCAACUUCAUCAUAUUCAAUGAGGAGAACGAAAUGCAGCUGCUGCAGAAGUUCUUUGACCACAUUAUGGAGGUGCGUCCGCACAUUGUGGUCACCUACAAUGGCGACUUUUUCGAUUGGCCGUUUGUGGAGACGCGUGCGGCUGUUUAUGAUCUGGAUAUGAAGCAGGAGAUUGGCUUCUCUAAGAUGCGGGAUGGCAACUACUUGAGCCGUCCGUCCAUACACAUGGAUUGCCUGUGCUGGGUGAAGCGAGAUUCCUAUUUGCCAGUUGGCUCCCAAGGCCUGAAGGCGGUGGCCAAGGCGAAACUGCGCUACGAUCCGGUCGAGCUCGAUCCCGAGGACAUGUGCCGCAUGGCCGUCGAGCAGCCACAAGUGCUGUCCAACUACUCUGUCUCCGAUGCGGUGGCCACCUAUUAUCUGUAUAUGAAGUACGUGCAUCCGUUCAUAUUUGCCCUGAACACUAUUAUUCCCAUGGAGCCGGAUGAGAUAUUGCGCAAGGGCUCCGGCACCCUGUGCGAAACGCUGCUCAUGGUGCAGGCCUACCAUGCGAACAUCGUGUUUCCCAACAAGCAUCAAAGCGAGCUCAACAAGCUCUCCAAUGAGGGUCAUGUGCUCGACUCCGAGACCUAUGUGGGCGGUCAUGUGGAGGCGCUGGAGUCGGGCGUCUUUCGGGCGGAUAUACCAUGUCGCUUCAGGCUGGAUCCCAACAUGGUCAGGCAGCUAAUGGAUCAGGUGGACGCUGUGCUCAAGCAUGCCAUCGAGGUGGAGGAGGGCAUACCCUUGGAGUUGGUCAGCAAUCUGAAUGACGUGAAGCAGGAGAUUAUCCAGGCACUGCAGGGACUGCACGACAUACCCAAUCGGCUAGAGCAGCCGGUCAUCUACCAUUUGGAUGUGGGUGCCAUGUACCCGAACAUCAUUUUGACCAAUCGUCUGCAGCCCUCGGCUAUGGUCAGCGACAUGGAUUGCGCCGCGUGCGACUUCAACAGGCCUGGUGUGCGCUGCAAGCGUUCCAUGGAUUGGCUGUGGCGCGGCGAGAUGUUGCCUGCCUCCCGCAAUGAAUUUCAGCGCAUUCAGCAGCAGCUCGAAACAGAGAAGUUCCCACCCCUCUUUCCAGGCGGCCCAACGCGCGCCUUCCACGAACUCUCCAAGGAGGAUCAGGCGGCCUAUGAAAAGAAGCGUCUGUCGGACUAUUGUCGCAAGGCGUACAAGAAGACCAAGAUCACCAAAUUGGAGACGCGCAACUCGACCAUUUGCCAGAAGGAGAACAGCUUCUAUGUGGACACUGUGCGUGCCUUUCGAGAUCGGCGCUACGAGUACAAGGGCCUGACCAAGACGGCGAAGGCGUCGGUGAAUGCUGCCGUCGCCUCGGGUGAUGCGGCCGAAAUCAAGGCGGCCAAGGGACGCGAGGUGCUGUACGAUUCACUGCAGCUGGCCCACAAGUGCAUCCUCAACUCUUUCUAUGGCUAUGUGAUGCGGCGCGGUGCGCGCUGGCACUCCAUGCCCAUGGCGGGCAUUGUCUGUCUCACGGGCUCCAACAUCAUCACCAAGGCGCGCGAGAUAAUUGAGCGCGUGGGUCGUCCGUUGGAGCUGGACACGGAUGGUAUUUGGUGCAUAUUGCCGGGCUCCUUUCCGCAGGAGUUCACAGUGCAGACAACUCAUGAGAAGAAGAAGAAGAUCAACAUUUCAUAUCCCAAUGCUGUGCUCAAUACCAUGGUCAAGGAUCACUUCACCAAUGAUCAGUAUCACGAGCUGCGAAAGCCAGUUGAGGGCGAGCCGCCCAGCUACGAUGUGCGUGAUGAGAAUUCAAUUUUCUUUGAGGUUGACGGUCCCUAUUUGGCCAUGGUGCUGCCCGCCGCCAAGGAGGAGGGCAAGAAGCUCAAGAAACGCUACGCGGUAUUUAAUUUCGAUGGCUCCUUGGCUGAGUUAAAGGGAUUCGAGGUGAAGCGACGUGGUGAACUGCAGCUGAUUAAGAACUUUCAGAGCUCCGUUUUCGAAGCGUUCCUGGCUGGCAGCACACUGGAGGAGUGCUAUGCCUCGGUGGCCAAGGUAGCGGACUACUGGCUGGAUGUGCUCUACAGCCGCGGCUCCAAUUUGCCAGACUCCGAACUAUUCGAACUGAUUGCCGAGAACAAGUCCAUGUCCAAGAAGCUGGAGGAAUACGGCGCUCAGAAGAGCACGUCCAUAUCGACGGCCAAGCGUCUGGCCGAGUUUCUCGGCGAGCAGAUGGUCAAGGAUGCGGGUCUGGCCUGCAAGUACAUCAUAUCCAAGAAGCCCGAGGGCGCACCAGUCACUGAGCGAGCCGUUCCUUUGGCCAUUUUCCAGUCGGAGCCGAGUGUGCGGCGGCAUCACUUGCGUCGCUGGCUCAAGGACAAUACCAUGGGCGAUGCGGACAUACGUGAUGUGCUCGACUGGAACUACUAUAUCGAGCGCUUGGGCGGCACCAUUCAAAAGAUCAUUACAAUACCCGCUGCACUGCAGGGAUUGGCCAAUCCAGUGCCGCGCGUGCAGCAUCCGGACUGGCUGCACAAGAAAAUGCUGGAGAAGAACGAUGUGCUGAAGCAGCGGCGCAUCAACGAGAUGUUCACCAGCAGGCCGCGGCCCAAGCCAGCGCUGGCAACGGAGGAGAAGCAAUUGGAGCUGGGCGACAUGGAGGACCUGGCGGGCAAAGAAGAUGCGGAUGCUUCAGGCAGACCGAUGGUAACCAAGCGCAAGCGUGUGCAUCUCGAUGACGAAGAUGAAGAGGGCACUGCAGCAGAGUCAACGCCUCAGCCGAAGACGUGGCGCCAGGCUCUGGGGCCACCGCCCGCCAUUGGCGAAACCCGCAAGACGAUUAUAGAAUGGGUGCGUUUCCAGAAGCGCAAGUGGGCCUGGCAGCAGGAGCAGCGUCAGCGUUGCCGCCAGCAGAGCAAACGACAUCGCGGCGGCGACGAUAGCGCAGCAGGAGCUGCAUCUGCGCAGGCCGCCAGCAGAGCAACAACAUCCACCGCCACGCUGGGCGGCUUCUUGCGUCGGGCACAGCGCACGCUGCUGGACCAGCCCUGGCAGAUACUGCAGCUGGUGCCGGUCAGUGAUCUGGGCCAGUUCAAUGUAUGGGCGCUCAUUGGUGAGGAGCUGCAUCGCAUUAAGUUGACGGUGCCGCGCAUCUUCUAUGUGAACCAGCGUAGCGCAGCGCCGCCCGAGGAGGGACAACUGUGGCGCAAAGUGAAUCGUGUGCUGCCCCGAUCCCGACCCGUUUACAAUCUGUAUCGGUAUAGUGUGCCCGAGCAGGUGUUCCGCGACAAUUGCCUGGGCAUGCUGGCCGAUCUGGCCACACCCGACAUCGAGGGCAUCUAUGAGACGCACAUGACGCUGGAGUUCCGGGCACUGAUGGACAUGGGCUGCAUCUGUGGCGUGCAGCGCGAGGAAGCGCGUCGCCUGGCUCUGCUGUCCACGCGCGAGCUGGAGAGCUUCAGCAUUGAGCAGCUAGAGCAGCGUCCACAGUCGCAUAUUCGAUACCUUCAGCAUGCCAACACCAAGCUGCGCAAGAUCUAUCUGUAUCAGCACAAUAUACCCACAGCCAAGAAGGAGAUGUGGGCGCUGUUCCUGCUGCCCAGCAAGAAGGCAUUUGUCUUCGCCUUGGACACAGUGCGAGCCAAUCAAAUGCCCAACAUGAAGCAGCUAUACACGGCGGAGCGUUUGGCCUUGAUCAAGAAUCUGCAGCAGGCCGCACAGAUAGAGAAGCUGCCACCGGAGGAUUUUAGCUUUGAGCUGCUCAUCGAGGUGGACGUGAAGCAGAUCUACAGGCACAUCCAGCGCGCUCUCUCUACGUACAAGCAGGAGCAGCCGGGUCCCACCAUGCUCUGCCUGCAAACGGCCACCGAGGCGAGAAAAUUGAGCGCAGCCAUGCCAGUGCUGCUGGAGUUUCCGCAAGCCCAGAUACACAUCUCCGAUGAUGCCAGUCUGCUCUCCGGCCUCGACUGGCAGCGGCAGGGUGCGCGCGCAGUGGUCCGGCAUUUCCUCAAUCUGAACAAUGUGCUGGAGCUUAUGUUGGAUCAGUGUCGCUACUUCCAUGUGCCCAUUGGCAACAUGCCGCCGGACACGGUGCUCUUUGGUGCGGAUCUGUUCUUUGCCCGCCUGCUGCAGAAGCACAACUUUGUGCUGUGGUGGUCGGCGAGCACGCGCCCCGACUUGGGCGGCCGUGAGGCGGACGACAGCCGUCUGCUGGCCGAGUUUGAGGAGAACAUCACGGUGGUGCAGAAUCGUGCCGGCUUCUAUCCAGAUGUGUGCGUCGAACUGGCUCUGGACAGCUUGGCUGUUAGCGCAUUGCUGCAGUCGAACAGGAUUCAGGAAAUGGAAGGCGCCUCCUCGGCCAUUACGUUCGAUGUGAUGCCGCAGGCAUCCCUCGAGGAAAUGAUCGGCACGGUGCCGGCAGCCACGUUGCCCAGCUAUGAUGAGACUGCUCUCUGCUCCGCCGCCUUUCGCGUAAUGCGCUCCAUGGUGAAUGGUUGGCUGCGUGAGGUGUCCAUCAAUCAGAACAUCUUUUCCGACUUUCAAAUCGUGCACUUCUAUCGCUGGGUGCGCUCCAGCAAUGCCCUGCUCUAUGAUCCUGCGCUGCGCAGAUCUCUUAACAAUCUGAUGCGAAAAAUGUUCUUGCGCAUCAUAGCGGAGUUUAAGCGCUUGGGCGCCACCAUAGUCUAUGCAGACUUCAACCGAAUCAUCCUCAGUUCGGGCAAGAAGAACGUGUCGGAUGCCCUGGGCUAUGUGGACUACAUUGUGCAGAGCUUGCGCAACAAGGAAAUGUUUCACUCCAUUCAGUUGAGCUUUGAGCAGUGCUGGAAUUUCAUGCUCUGGUUGGAUCAGUCCAACUUCUCGGGCAUACGAGGCACCCUGCCCAAGGGCAUUGAUGAGACUGUCUCGGCUAUAGCGGCGGGCAGCACAACGCUGCGACAGAGCCAGGCCCGUAAGAAGCAGGGCAGCGAAGAUGACGAUGAGGGUGAUGAUGAUGACGACGUAGAAGAGGUCGAAGCUGAUGCUGAAGAACCGCAACUGGAGGAGGAGGAAGAGGAGCUAUCUCUAGAAUUAAACUGGACCAUUGGAGAGCAGCUGCCGGACGAGAAUGAAUGUCGCGAGAAAUUUGAAACUCUGCUCACGCUCUUCAUGCAAGCUCUGGCGGAACGUAAGACCACUGAACAGGCCAUUAAGGAUAUUUCGCACUGUGCCUUUGACUAUGUGCUGAAGCUGCAUAAGAACUAUGGCAAGGGCAAACCGAGUCCUGGCCUGGAACUCAUACGCAGCAUUGUCAAGGUGCUCAGCGUGGACAAGACACUCGCGGACCAAAUCAACGAGCUGCGCCGCAAUAUGCUGCGUCUGGUUGGCAUUGGUGAGUUCUCCGAUCUGGCUGAGUGGACAGAUCCCUGUGAUACGUACAUCAUCAACGAGGUCAUAUGCAAGGCAUGCAAUCACUGCCGCGAUCUGGAUCUAUGCAAGGACAAGCAUCGCGCCAUGAAGGAUGGCAUUCCUGUCUGGCUGUGCGCGCAGUGCUAUGUGGCCUACGACAAUGAGGAGAUUGAGAUGCGCAUGAUUGAUGUGCUUCAGCGCAAGCUGAUGUCCUUUGUACUGCAGGACUUGCGCUGUGCGCGCUGCAACGAAAUCAAACGUGAGAACUUGGCUGAGUUUUGCACCUGUGCUGGCAACUUUUUGCCUCUUAUCAGUGGCAACGAUAUUGAAAAGCUGCUCAAAACGUUCAGCAACGUUGCCAGCUACCACAAAAUGCAGUUGCUCCAGGAAACGGUGCAGCAGGCCGUGAAAACGCCGCGCUAG